AGUUGUUUUUUAAGAUGGUAAGUAGCUAGGAAUGUGUAACAAUAUAGACCAAAUAGUUCACCAACCAAACUCUAGCUUUUUCGAGCACUAGCACAAUACCCAUCUAUUCCACUUUAGGCUCUUUUUAUUAUCUCAAAACUCUAUAUAUAAAUACAUCAUAUUCAUAAACCAACACACAAAUUAUAAACCAAAAAACCAAAAAUGGAUUAUGAAAAACAUUGUAUUUGUGUUCUUGAUGCAUCAACCUACGUGGGUUUUUGGAUUCUCAAAGGAUUAUUAAGUAGAGGGUACACAGUUCAUGCAGCUAUACAAAGAAAUGGACUAGAAAGUGAGAUUGAGAAAGAAAUUACAGAAUUAAAGAAAGUUCAUGAAGAAAGAUUAUCAAUAUUUACUAUUGAUGUUUUGGACUAUCAUUCUAUUCAUUUGGCUUUGAAAGGCUGCACUGGUUUGUUCUGUUGUUUAGAUAGUUCAGAUGGUUAUGAUGAAAAAAUAGUGGAUUGGGAAGUAAGAGGAGCAAUAAAUGUAGUGGAAGCAUGUGCUCAAACAGAGAGUAUUGAGAAAGUUGUGUUCACUUCAUCUCUGACUGCUGCAAUUUGGAGAGAGAAUAUUUCUUCAGAGAUUGACAUAGAUGAGAGGUCAUGGAGUAACCAAGAUUUUUGCAGAGAAUUAAAGUUGUGGCAAGCUUUAGCAAAAACACUAUCAGAACAAGCUGCUUGGGCUUUAGCUAUGGACAGAAUGGUCAACAUGGUUUCCAUAAACUCAGGCCUAGUCCUUGGCCCAUGUGUCACUCAACAAAACCCACUCUCAACAACAUCUUAUCUCAAUGGGGCUGCUCAGAUGUAUGAGAAUGGGGUGUUAGCAUUUGUAGAUGUGGACUUUUUGGUUGAUGUUCAUAUCAGAGCUUUGGAAGAUUCAUCUACAUGUGGGAGAUACUUUUGCUUUAAUCAGAUAGUGAAUACUGAGGAAGAAGCUGUUAAGCUUGCAGAAAAGUUGAGCCCCUUAAUAUCCAUUCCUUCUAGGUAUGCAUGUGAAGGGAGUGAGGUCUUUACUGAGAGGUUGAGAACCAAAAAGCUAAACAAGCUGGUUGAGAGCACUGCUUGUUACUAGAAAGUCAAUUGAGUUACUCUUCUUGAUGCAUUUUCAUGAAUGAAUGUAUAUUUAUGAUAAUAUUAUAUAUUGAAUAAAACAAGAUGUGGUUCAUUGAAAGAAAUAAAUAAAAA